UAUUUGAAACUUUAUUUUUAUUGACAUGCGGAAUUAUAACCUACAAAAACUUACAUUUUAAAAUAUCUAAAUUCGCAAUAAAUAUGUUGUUGUUAACUAAAAUACCUGCUAUAAAAUGUAAAUAUUACCUUAAUUUUUUAAGAAGAUGUAGUACCACAAACAUAUGGAAAGAAGACCUAACGUUAGAAUUAAAACAUAAAAUAGAACAACGUUGGAGUGAAAUUAUUAAUAAACGAGAUGCAAACACCAAAAAUCAAACGAAAUGUUAUGUUUUAUCGAUGUUUCCAUAUCCCUCAGGACAACUUCAUAUGGGUCAUGUUAGGGUUUAUACCAUUAGCGAUUCAGUGGCAAGGUUUCAAAGAAUGAAUGGAAAAAAUGUGAUUCAUCCAAUUGGUUGGGAUGCCUUUGGUUUACCAGCAGAAAACGCAGCGAUCGAACGUAACAUUCCUCCAGAAGAUUGGACUAAACAGAAUAUAGACCAUAUGAAGACGCAACUAAAACAAUUAGGGUGUAGUUUUGAUUGGGAUCGUGAAAUAAGUACUUGUUCUCCUGAAUAUUAUCGUUGGACACAAGAUUUAUUUCUUAAACUUUAUGAAAAAGGGCUUGUUUAUCAAAAAAAGGCUUUAGUUAAUUGGGAUCCUGUUGACAAAACUGUGUUAGCUGACGAACAAGUUGAUGAGAAUGGAUAUGCUUGGAGAUCAGGAGCGAAGGUGGAAAAAAAGUAUUUAAAACAGUGGUUUGUUAAAACUAGAUAUUUUGCGAAAGAUUUGUAUGAUGGUUUAAGUGAUGAUAUUCUACAUGAUUGGAGAGAUAUUUUAAAGAUACAAAAACAUUGGAUUGGAGAUUGUAAUGGGAUUACUUUCGAUUUAAAUUUGAUUGGUAGUGAAGAUGAAAAGACAAUUAGUAUUUGGACUGAUAAACCUGAAUAUUUCAGCGAAGCAAAAUUUAUUAUUGUACCAAAAAAUCAUUUAUUUGCAAACUAUGAUGGGGAAGUUUCACAAGGAGGCGUUAAAAAAUUAAAAAUUCAUGCUGAAAACUUUAUUACUAAUAAAAAUAUCCCUAUUUAUGUUGAUUCCAAUAACUUUGAAUUUGAAUCUGAGUAUUAUUUAGGUUUUCCUGGCUUAAAUGAGCAUGAUACAAACUUUGCUAUUCAACAAAACAUACAAUAUAAAACUCCCGAAAUUUUAACACCACCCGAAAUUAAUGAUAUCACCCAAAAAAUCGUAGAUAAAGCUAAAAAUUUAAAUAAAGGCGGUUAUAAAACAAGUGCCAAAUUAAAAGAUUGGUUAAUAUCAAGACAAAGAUAUUGGGGAACACCAAUUCCGAUAAUUCAUUGCAAAUUUUGUGGUCCACAACCUGUCCCAAGAAAAAAUCUUCCCAUAGAGCUUCCUAAAAUGAAAGAAGAAAAUUUAAAAAACGUUUCAUUAUCAAAAUGUCACGAUUGGUUAGAAACAAGUUGUCCUAAGUGUAAUCAAUUAGCUUUAAGAGAAACUGAUACGAUGGAUACAUUCGUUGAUAGUUCUUGGUAUUACUUAAGAUAUUUAGAUCCACACAACACAAAAGAAAUUUUUAAUAAAGAAAUAAUCAAAAAUUAUUCUCCAGUUGAGUUGUAUAUCGGCGGAAAAGAACACGCUGUUUUACAUUUAUAUUAUGCGAGAUUUAUUAAUCAUUUUUUGUAUUCUUUGGGAUUGGUCCCAACAAAAGAACCGUUUAAACGACUACUUGUGCAGGGAAUGGUUAUGGGAAGAAGUUUUAGGGUGAAAAACAGCGGGAGAUAUGUUAAAGAAACUGAGGUGAAAGUUAUUGAUUUAAAACGAAAUAAAGCCGUAUUGAAAGAUACAAAUGACCCAGUUGUUAUACAAUGGGAAAAAAUGAGUAAAUCUAAACAUAAUGGGGUCGAUCCUAAUGAAAUGUUUAAAAAUUAUGGUGUUGAUACAACCCGGUUGUUAAUUAUGGCAGAUGUUGCACCAACUUCACAUAGAAACUGGAAUUCUAACACAUUUCCUGGUAUUUUAAAUUGGCAAAGACGAUUAUGGUUAACAAUUCAAGAAUUUUUAACACACAGAAAUUACCCACCAAAAGAAAUUUCAAAAAAUAAAUUUGAUGAAGAAGAUUUUUACAUGUUUGAUUCAAGGAAUUAUUACGUAAAAGGGGCAACGUUUAAUUAUUGUACUUCCCAACAAAUGAGUGUUGCUCUAUCUAAAAUGCAGGGUCUUACAAAUAGUUUAAGAAAAGUUUCGCCACAAACUUUCGCUAAAAGUAAACAAUUCGAAAGAGCUUUAGGUUGUCAAAUAAUUUUAUUGGCUCCAAUGGCCCCUCAUUUCGCCUCGCAAUUAUGGGAGGGUUUCGUAUCCGCCCCAAAUCGGUUAAAUCCGGAUGAAUUUUUUUGGGACAAGAAUGUUUUGGAACAAAAAUGGCCGGAUAUUGAUUCGAAUUAUCAAUUGGAGUUGGUUAUUCAAGUUAAUGGAACUGAAAAUGGAAUAAUAAAGUUUCCACGUGAAGAAUUAGAAGAGUUGUCACAAGAAGAAGCUUUGAAAUUAGCUUUAGAUAAUAAAAAAGUUCAAAUGAUUUUAGAAAAAAGAUCCAUCAUUGAUGUAGAAUAUAUUAAACACUUUGGUUAUGAAAAUGUUAUUAAUUUAAAAACGACGGAUGUUAUUAAAAAAGAAAAAAUAGCUGAAGAAAUAAUGAAUUAAAGUUUAAAAGAGUUU